CAUAUUAUGUUUAAUUAUGCUGUUCAGUUGAAGAUAAAAAACAUGCGUCCUACUGAUGAAGAGAGGCAGCAGCUUCAACUUGACGGUCUAUUUCUCGAUGAAUCUAUUGAUGAACGUGGUGUAGCGAAGCAAUCCUUCGAGGGUGGCUCAUCUUCAAAGAAGUCUGAUUCAGCAGAUAUUGAUUGGAUGAAAUCUAAGCUGGAGAUGCUCAGUUCGAAUCAAUCAUCAUUGGCCGAGGACUUCAUUUCGUUGAGGUGUUUUGUUGAUUUUAAUUUCAAAUCCGUAAUGACUGUAAUUAAGGAUAUCCAAGAGAAGGUUAAUGCCAUUCAUCGUCGUCCUUCUGACGAGGGAAAGUCAUCGGAUGAAUUAGUAACUCAAGAUUCUGAUGAUGAUCCUGAUGAUGAUGAUGAUGAUGAUGAUGAUGCCGAGGAUGAUGACAAGCAAUUGCCUGAUCCAGAAAAUAUUGAUUCCGACUCCGACGAUGGUGGUGAGUUGGUUAAAGUUGGUGGGGAUGCGAUGAUGCCGACAAGGUCAUUCUUCUGUCCCUUCGCCGAUGUGAAUCCUUCUGAGGAUGUUGGAGGGAGUGAUAAAAAUGUUAAGGAUGUUGAGAAGCCGAAGGGCGAUGAGUCUCGAUUGAAGGGGGACGAUUUCUUUGAUGGAUUGAGCCAGCUUGUAAUAGAUGAUGAUCAAGUUGUGUUGGUGGCUUGGAGGUCGUUGCUAAAAUCAAUGUAA